AUGACAAUCUCCAAAACAGUCGCCCCCGCAGGCCACAACCCCCACGGCCAAGCCCCCCAAUUCACCCUCUCCCAGCUACACCUCCACGACCUCAACCCAACGUCGCCCAUCCCCCAAUUCCACGCCUGGUUCUCCCUCGCCCAGCGCACGCCGUCCAUCUCCCAGCCCGAGGCCUGCACCCUCUCCACCGCCGAGCUGCCCUCGGGCCGCGUGUCCUCGCGCGUCGUCUACCUCAAGGAGCUCGACGCCCACGGCUUCGUCAUGUACACCAACCUCGGCACCUCGCGCAAGGCCCGCGACCUGGCCACCAACCCGCACGCCAGCCUCGUGUUUUAUUGGCCGCCGCUGCAGCGCCAGGUCCGCGUCGAAGGGAUUACGGAGACGAACUCGCGCGAGGAGAGCCAGACGUAUUUCGAUACGCGCGUGAGGGGCAGCAGGAUCGGUGCGUGGGCGAGCAAGCAGUCCGUGGUGCUGACGCCAAAGUCGAAGAAAGUGAAUGGUGGACUUGAAAAGACGAAGGAGGCCGAGGCCGAAUCAGCAGUAGCUACGUCAGAUGGCGAGGAAGAGAAAGAAGAUGACGGAAGAGCCGAGCUGGAGGGCUGGGUCAAAGACGUCGAGGAGCGCUUCAAGGACCAGGACAAGAUCCCCGUGCCCGACUUCUGGGGCGGACUCCGCCUGGUGCCGCAGCGAGUUGAGUUCUGGCAGGGCCGUGAGAGCAGGCUGCACGAUCGCUUCGUGUACGAGUGGGAGGAGGGCAAGGAUGGCAAAGAGGGGCGAUGGCGACUGGAGAGGUUGAGUCCCUGA